AUGUCUGAGCAGGCCAAUAUCGCAAUCAUCACCGGUGGCGCAAGUGGUAUUGGACUCGCCACAGCUGAGGCACUCUUCCCUCGUAACAACUGGAUCGUCUACUUGCUUGACAGAGAUGCAGAGAGGGGCGAGACAGCCGCCGACAAGACCGGCGCAUACUUCAUCCGGGUCGACGUGACAGACUAUGCCUCACUCGCUGCUGCCUUCGGUCGGGUCUUCAAGGAGCAUGGCAAGAUCAAUUUCGUCUUCGCCAAUGCUGGUAUAGCUCUAGAAGCGCCACCAGAGACUCCCAAGGAGUUGAGUAACGAGCCGCCAGCAGCGCCAAGCAUGAAAAUGUUGUCUGUCAACCUGCAGUCUGUCAUGUUCACCACCCAUCUGGCACAGCAUUACUUCCGCCAAAGUCCUGCAGCUUCAGGUCCGCGAUGCAUUGUCGUGACGGCCAGCUCUGCUAGUUUGUACGCUUCAGCGAUCGCCCCAGCUUACGCUGCGUCGAAGCAUGGCGUGCUGGGAUGGACCAGAAGCAUCGCGCCUGACGCCUGGAAACAGGACCAAGUACGGGUCAAUGCGAUCCUACCCGGCAUUGUUCGCACGAAUAUCCUCCCACCCGAGAUGUUUGCGAUGUUUCCGGAGCAAAUGCUCACUCCCGUUGACAAGGUAGUUGAGGUCGUGUUGCUUCUUUUGGAUGGGGACGGUGAUGAGAAAGCUGGUCGUGAGCUGCGCUCUGGCCAAGCGGUCGAGAUCUGCGGAACGAACCACUAUGUUCGCAAUCAACAGGAGUACUGCGAUCCGGUCAUGGCAGCCAUUAUGGGCGUGGGUGCUUAG